CCCGAAGAGUUGCGAACCCGUUAAGUGUUGUGUGCGAAAAGGAAAAACAUGGAUAUUGGUUACAGUUUAUAAAGGUUAUCAUAGAAAACGGAGACAGAAAAUGCUGGAGAUACAAUGACUACCUUCAAGAGCCAAAACUUUUCUACUUGCUUCAACUUUACAGAUUUUUCAUCCAGACUGAAUGAGCCAGAAGCUAAACUAAUAAUUGUAGACAUAGCUAAUGAAGUAUCUACAAACCAGGUAGUUAAACCUGAUAUAGAAGACGACCAAAAAAGAUGGCUGAUUGUUGGGAUAUGCCUACACAGUGUUAUAUCUCCUGCAUUAAGAAAGUACAUACCACCUGUUGUAAGCCAACUCUACAACAAAUUGAAGCAAACAGACAAGAUAGACACACAAACAUUUGCUAAACACAUGAAGCGUUAUAAACCAACAAACAAAGAAUUGAACUACGAGGCGAUCAAUAACAACAGUGCCAUACCAAAAGUGAAAGGGAAAAAGGAUGAACAGAAAUACAACUAUAAUGUAACAAGCGAUGUGGAUCUGACCAAACUAUUCCUGGCUACAAACAUGGCACAUUAUACCGGAUUUGAUGACACAUGUGACUCAUCGGCUCUCCUGGGAAUCAUUGUUAAUAUUGAUUCAUUUCAGACUUUGCCAAAACAGACUGCUGAAAAGGUACGUUCGGAUAUUCGAAAUCCUUGGGCACAUUGCAACUUUUCCGAGUGGGACGUGAUCAAAUAUCAAAACUCAUUCCAACUAAUGAAUCAGUUCAUUAGAAAUCUGUUACUUCCAGUUCAAGACGAGACAGCAAUUCUUGGACAACUGUUACAAUGGCAAACAAAUGGGCUGCAAUUUUUGCAAGGAACAACACUUGGAGUUGAAUUGAUACAGGAACUGAAAAAAGAGACCAGAGCUUUAUGUAAAUAUAUUCUUGAUAUUGUUUUAAAAAAUGACACGAGUUUUCAAGAUGUUCACAGAUCUUUAUUGUCAAUAGAGGGUUCGUUAAACAAAACAUCUGAAAGAAUAGAUAAUAUUGAAACUGAAAGUUUACAGCUGAAAACCAACUUACAAUCGUUGACAGAUACAGUGACAGGUUUGCAAGAUUCACAGAAAGAAAACUUUGAAAGUGUUGAAAGUGUGAAGACUGAAAUCAGUGAUAUUCAAUCCUGUAUGGGUCAUUCUCGGUCAGAAAUUGCUAAAUCUUCAAACAAAGUAACUCAAUUAGAAAGUCGUUUAGACAAUUUGUCACUCGACGUAUAUGGCAAUGAGAGUGAUUUAAACGAUAUGCAAUCAGAAAUAAUAUAUGCUAGAACUGAAAUAAACCACACGAACGCAAAUGUAAAUAGUGUGAAGAAUGCAUUAAAGGAGACACAAGAAGCACUUCAAAAAAGUACUCUUAAUCUUCAGAGUACUAAAGCUGACUGUGCUAAAAAUACAGCUGAUAUUGCCAACAUCAAUAAAUACCUAUCGUAUGUCAGACCAAGUGGAAAAGUAUUUUUUUAUCCCCCGGACAGGAUUUCUACUUUUGUAAGUCGAGAGGAACAAUUGGAACAAUUGAGAGAUAGAUUUAACAUUCAUAGUAGUGACACACAUACACAAGUAAUUUGUGGAUUAGGGGGAAUCGGGAAAACAACACUGGCUGUAGAAUAUGCAUGGACCUUUCAAACAUUUUAUCCUGGAGGUGUGUUUUGGAUGUCAGCGGAAACAAAUGAAGCAUUGGAAGAUUCAGUCCAACGUCUUGCUAUAGAUAUAAAUAUUCUCGGAAAUAAUACUAAAGAAACGCUCGUUAAAACACUUAAAUGGUUGUCCUGUGUUCAAGAGAGUUGGCUCCUUGUUAUCGACAACGUGGACAUGGAUGAAAUUCAGGGAAGUGUGAAUGAAAUACUCUCACAUUGGAAAAGGGGUUCAAAGGGGCAUAUCAUUAUCACUUCUCGGAGAGAAGCAGAGGACGCAAAAGAGACAUUCAAUGUGAGAGUGGAGGACUGCAUCUCUUUGGAUAUUUUAAAUAGAAACGAAAGUGUAAAAUUUAUGAUGAUACGUUCAUGUCAUAGUGGUAAAAUUGACGAAAGUCUCAUAGAAUUAGCAGAUGAGCUUGGUGGACUUCCACUCGCCUUGGAACAAGCGGCUGCUUAUAUAAAAGCUAUACACUGUUCAUUUGAUGAGUAUCUGAAGAAAUUUAAUAGGAAGAGACUAGGUGUCCUCAAAGCAAUAAGACCACAACAUGAAGUGUCGAAAGAACGUUUAGCGGUACGAACAACUUGGCAAUUGAACUUUGAAUAUAUUCAAAAACAAUCUGAGGAACAUGGACUUGGAAAUUCAGCAAUAACUGUGAUGGAAAUUGUGGCCUUCCUAUAUGCUGACGAUAUCCCGAUGAUUCUUUUAAAUGUUGGUUCGCCAAACGUUCUUGACGAAGAACUACUCGACACUUUUGAAGAAGAAUUAGGAAUCAAGCAAGUUGCCGAAAUACUAUCACGAUUUUCUUUGUUUAACAGAUGUAGCACUAAUAGCAUGAGUGUGCAUCGAUUAGUUCAGGAAGUAAUUCGACAGAAUAUAAAAGAUGCAGAGAGAAAUGCUUUCAUCCUACAGUGUGCAUCACGAAUGGUCAAUAUGGCGUUAGAAAACACACAAUCGCCAACGGAUGCAUUACAAGAGGAAAAUAUAGGGAGAGCUUCCUUACAAAUGUGGAGUAAGUUAGCACUUAAUGCAAAUACUCUAAAAACUUAUAUGUUUGACUACACAAAAAGAAAUGAAACAUUGAAAGACAUCUGCUUUAACAUAGAAACAACAAGAAUUUUACAAACUAGUGCAAUAUAUCACAGUCUGUACCAAAGGCAGGACGAGGCCUUAGCAUGCCAGGAGCAAAUGCUGAGUAUUAUACCGGCUCUUACAAUGUCAGAACGUGACUACAAUUAUCUAACUAGAAUUAAGAUACCUCUUCUACAGAAUGAUAGACUUAUUCUUCAAAGUAGCAUAACAAUGGCUAUAGCAGCAGAAUCAGUUGCAUCGUCAGAUCCUAGUCAAGACCAAACUAUCGCACUUUUAGAUACAGAAUCGUUGCACAAGAUGGGGAAUGAUGCAUUUAAGGAAGCAAGAUACCAAGUUGCAAUACAAUGUUAUUCUGAGGCGAUCACAGCAAGUAAUGGAAACAUUGACAUAGCAAAGUAUCUUACGAACAGAAGUCUGGCAUACUUUAAAAUAUGCGACUAUGAGAAUGCUUUACGUGAUGCAGAUAAGUGCAUACAAAUCGACCCGAAAUCAUACAAAGCCUAUUGUUGGAAAGCAUAUGCAAUAGGAAAUCUCAUACGUCUUGAACUUUUACCCAAAUCCUGGGAGUCUGCCGGAUUAGCUGCUGCAGCUGUUGCUGGACACCUUAACAAACAUUGCUUACUUGAAUACAGGAUGAAAAUUGAAUAUCCGGUGGUAAGAUACAAAAUUAUCACAAACAAAUCUGAACUUGGUAAUGAGAUAUCGUCCAUGAUGAAUAGGACUUAUACAACUUUACUUCUGCGUAGAGGCAGAUACCAAAUUGCGCUUGAUAAAGGGGAGAUCACUACAAAAAGUGUUCAAGUAAUUGGAGUUGAAGAUGGUGUUGAAAUUGAAAGUGCAAUGGGCAUUGCUUUGAUAAAUCCGAAAAAAUACCUGCCCGACAUUAAGAUCGAGCAAGAAAUAAAAAUCUAUUUUGAAAAUGUCUCUUUUACAAACGAGACAGGUCAAAUAUUAGUAAGUGCUAAUGUAAAUGCAAUAUUUUAUAGAUGUAGAUUCUCAAACGGUAAAAAGGGAUGCGAAGACUUUCCUUCUUGUGACGGUAAAAACGGCUGUGUUAAUUCAAAUCCUGACGAAUGUAAUUAUUUGUUUUCAGAACAAAGGAAAACGUCGUUCCCAAAAUCGAGUGGAAUCACUGGAUUCCCAGGUAUCAGUGUAUGUCAAAAUGGCAAUACAUUGUUAGAUAAUUGUGUUCUUGAUAGGUGCGGUGGUGGUGGAACUUUAAGUAUUCGAGGGGCUGUAUUGAAGAUAAAGAACAGUGUAAUUCGUAAUAUGAGACAAAUGGGCAUUGAAGCAAGAGAGGGGGGUAUUACCUUUGCUGAAAAUUGUACAAUUUGUGACAAUCAGUUUCACGGGGUGGCUAUAGGGCCAAAAGGUAAAGGACAUGUAAAAAGUUGUAUCAUACAAAAUAACAAAAGAGAAGGCAUCUGGUGUGGAGGCAACCUGGAACCAAAAAAGAACUCAAGUUUGAAAAUAAUCUCAAAAUCAGGAGGUGGGUCCACAUGCGAGAUAUUGAAUAAUUUGAUCUAUCAAAAUGGUAUGUCAGGAAUUUCAUUAGAUGGUGGGUCAUAUGAUGUAUCCGGAAACAGAAUUUUUGACAAUUGGCUUUGGGGAAUGAUGAUAAAAUCUCGAUCAACAACACAUAUUUGCAACAACGAUAUAUUUGAGAAUAAAUGCGGUGGUAUAAGAAUUGGAGUAAACUAUUCAGCUGUAGUCGUAUUAGAUGGAAAUUCCAUCCGGGAUCAUACUGGCCCUGCUAUUCACACAGAAGAAAUUGCGUCUGACGUAGAUACUUUUAUGAGAUCACAGCAUUCAAGUGAUAACCAUGAAACGAUGAAAGAUAUAGGCAUGUUAGAUGAUGAGAUCAUUUUUUAUUCAAACUUACCUAUUAUUACUACAAGAAAUGUAUUUGAGAAAAACAAUAGCGGGAAGCAACAUCCAAAUAAAAUAUCAGUCCUUCUUGAAACGUGUUGUUUUUGCCAUGUAAAUUCCAAACAUUUGAAAUACUGUGGAAAAUGUAAAAAAGCAAGCUAUUGUUCAAAGGAGUGUCAGGAACAACACUGGAAACGACACAAGGGUGUAUGCAAACUCAUUGUUGAAAAAUACACAAUAGACAUUAAAAUGUCAGAUACAGAGAAAUGGAACGAAUUUCUGUUUGAUCCUGGAAUGAUAGCAUUCCGAGGAAGAAAUGCUCCAUUACCAGGUUUAGGUGAAGGUCUACCACCAGACAAAUUUAGUGAAAAGAGAUUUAUUGUGAAAAUCCAGUCAGGGCACGAAUAUACUCCCUAUAAUCCUAACAAAGAUUUAAGACUGUAUGACCAAACACAGACGUUAGAUAUAUUUUUCAGAAGUCCUGAAAUCUAUCAUUUGGUUUGUGAGUGCGGAGUUUUAGCUGCAUCAAGAUUGACAACAAAGAAAAUGUUUUGCUGGGCUUCUUUUAAAAGCAAAGGCAGCGUAAUCCGCAUCUACACAGACAACUUACCCCCUUUUCAAACAUGGUAAAACUGGUACUUUUUGUGUACACUGAAU